AUGCUGGGUCGACUUCUGCGGACCCGACCGCGCGGCGCGUCCGCGCUGCUGGCGUCGUCCCGAGCGACCACCACACCGUUCUCCGGGUCUGCUCUUCUGCGCCGGCAUCAGGCGCGUCGAUGGAGCUCCUCGGCGUCAAUCACCGCCUCGAAGGGCGACCAGGAGGACGCCGCGAGCGUCGCCGCCAUCCGCAACAUCGGUAUUCUGGCGCACAUUGACGCCGGCAAGACCACGACAACGGAACGCAUGCUGUUCUAUGCUGGGGCUAUCCGCCGCAUGGGCGAGGUGCACGACGGCGACGCCACCAUGGACUUUAUGCCCCAGGAGCGCGAGCGCGGCAUCACCAUCGGUGCCGCCGCCAUCAGCUUCCCGUGGCGCGAGCACCACAUCAACCUCAUCGACACGCCGGGUCACGUGGACUUCACUAUUGAGGUGGAGAGAGCUGUCCGCGUGCUGGAUGGUGCUGUGGCGGUGCUAGACGGCGUCGCCGGCGUGGAAGCGCAGACCGAGACGGUCUGGGAGCAGGCGGAUAGGUACAAGCUGGUCAAGUGGGUGGACAAAGAGGGCGAGCAGGUUCAGCGGUUGCCAUUGUUGCCCUCCGCCGGCGGCAAGAUGGCGGACCUGUAUGCGAAGGCACUGGAGGGGCGGCAGACGCUGAUUGAACGUGCGUCGAAUUUCGAUGAUGAGCUGGGAGAGCUGUUCCUGAUGGAGGAGGAGAUCGAUAAUGAGACGCUGAAGGCGGCAUUGCGACGGAUCACGAUGCAGCGUGGGAUGGCGUCGCAGGUUGUCGUCACACUGUGCGGCAGUGCGCUGAAGAACAAGGGCGUGCAGCCGCUGCUUGACGCUGUGGUGGAUUACUUGCCGUCGCCCCUGGACUUGUCUCCAUUUGAAGCGCACACCGUUGUGGGCGGGAAGAAGACCCGUGGUCGUGGCCAAGGCGCGGAGAACAAGGUGGUGCAGCUGAAGGCCUCCUCGGACGAGCCGCUGUGUGCACUUGCUUUCAAGGUGCAGCACGACCGGCAGCGCGGCCUGGUGGUCUUCUUCCGCGUGUAUUCCGGCGUGCUGACUGCCAAGUCGCAGUUGCUCAACGCUUCUCGUGGUGGCACGAAGGAGAGACUGACGAGGCUGAUGCAUGUGGCUGCCGAUGACCAGGAGGCUGUGGAGAGCAUCUCAGCUGGUCACAUCGGCGCUGCUGUGGGUUUGAAGCACACGUUCACUGGCGACACGCUUGUGAGCGCCAAGGAUGCAGCCCACCAGUUGGUGCUGCCUGGUGUCCAGAUCCCCAAGCCUGUGUUCACGUGCUCCAUCGAGGCCGAGUCGUCUGCGAAGCAGAAGGACCUGGACACUGCUCUGGAGAACCUGCAGCGUGAGGACCCCAGCUUCGUGAUCACUGUGGACGACGAGACGGGCCAGACGCUCAUGUCUGGCAUGGGCGAGCUGCACUUAGACAUUAUCAAGGAGCGGCUGCGCACCGAGUACAAGCUUGAGCCUUCUGUCGGUGCUAUGCGUGUGGCAUAUCUGGAGAGCAUUACGAACUCAGUUGAGCUCCCGUACACGCACGACGUCAUGCUGGGCACUGACCGCCACUUCGCGAAGCUCACUGUGCACGUUGACCCGUUGCUUGACCACCAAGAAGACAGCCAGGAAGGUGGCGACGAGGAGGAGGAUGAAAACAACAGCAACGUGGUGCACUGGAAGAACCAGGGCGCAAAGAAGAUGCCGCACGCCUUCGCUCUUGCUAUUGAGGAGGGUCUGAAGGCUGGACUCAGCCGCGGUGUCUUGACGCCGAACCGCGUUGCGUACGUCAAGGUCACGGUGGACGAAGCUGAUUGCGAAUGGGACUCGGACUCGAGCGCGGCUUCCUUCCGUGCUGCGGCUGCUCUGGGGUUGAAGCAAGCUCUUAAGGAGGCGGAGCCUGUGAUUUUGGAGCCGAUGAUGAAGCUGGAAGUCCGCUCUCCCGAUCGAUGUGUAGGCGAUGUGCUCGCCGAUUUGAGCUCACAACGGCGUGCUCAUAUCCAGGAGGUGGGCUCUGCUUCGGGUGGUGAUGGAGGCGACUCCAUCGCCAACCAGGGCCGCUCUAUCGUGCACGCGCACGUGCCACUGGCGCACAUGGUCGGCUACGCUACAUUGCUGCGUUCCAAGACCCAGGGCGAGGCCUCGUUCGGCAUCCAAUUCCUGUGCUACGUGGAGGUGGACCCUGCUACGCGUGACCGCCUUACUGGCAAUCUUCGAAAAGCCCCACCAAAGGAGUUUGAGGCCCCCAGUGCUGACGACUGAGGAGACUGCGUAAAGCAUUAAUAGAGUUUCAUUGUUCAAGAAGGAGAGCGUAGGUACAUGUAGGUACUGCAUAGUGAUGAUCUCCAGUUGCAUCCCUCACCUGUUCACGACGACCCACUGCCAGCCACUUACUGCAAGCAAAAGCACUGACCCGCUCGAAAUCUUUGCACA